AUGGCCAUGAAUGCUAGAUCAGCCUCCCAGGCAUUGAGGGCAUUUCGACCCAUUGCUGUUCGUCCUGCGGUUAUUCCUGCCUGUCGCAGCUAUGUGACUUCCUCCGAGCCAGACCUCAAGACUACCUUCAAGGAGGUCCUCCCUGCUAAGCGCGAGCUCCUGAAGAAGGUCAAGGCAUUAGGCGACAAGGUUAUUGGAGAGGUCAAGGUUGAGAACACACUAGGCGGCAUGAGAGGAUUGAAGGCCAUGGUCUGGGAGGGUUCGGUUCUUGAUGCAAACGAGGGUAUUCGAUUCCAUGGUCGUACAAUCAAGGAAUGCCAAAAAGAGCUCCCGAAAGGAAAGACUGGCACAGAAAUGCUACCAGAAGCCAUGUUCUGGCUCCUCUUGACUGGCCAAGUCCCCUCCACGAACCAAGUCCGAAACUUCUCUCGGGAACUCGCAGAACAAUCCGAACUCCCUGCUUUUGUAGGCAAGAUGCUCGAUGACUUCCCAAUAGAUCUCCACCCAAUGACCCAAUUCGCAAUUGCCGUCUCGGCUCUCUCCCACACUUCGAAAUUCGCCAAGGCGUACGAGAAGGGUGUCAACAAGGCUGAUUACUGGGAGCCAACCUUCGACGACAGUAUUUCUCUCCUCGCAAAGCUUCCUACUAUUGCUGCCAAGAUCUACCAAAAUUCAUACCGAGGAGGUGGAGCUCUGCCAGCCAAGGUCGACUUGGAGCAAGACUGGUCUUACAACUUUGCUGCUAUGCUUGGUAAAGGAGGAAAAGAGCAUGAAAACUUCCAAGAUCUCCUGAGAUUAUACUUGGCUCUUCAUGGUGACCAUGAGGGUGGAAAUGUCUCAGCUCAUGCUACACAUUUGGUUGGUAGCGCGUUGAGCGACCCGUUCUUGAGUUACAGUGCCGGUCUCCAAGGUCUCGCAGGCCCACUUCACGGUCUUGCCGCUCAAGAAGUCUUGCGAUGGAUUUUACAGAUGCAAGAGAGUGUAGGAACCAAGUUUUCUGACAAAGACGUAUCCGACUACCUCUGGUCGACCCUCAAGUCCGGCCGAGUAGUCCCAGGUUACGGUCAUGCAGUUCUCCGUAAGCCAGAUCCUCGAUUCGAGGCUCUGAUGGAUUACGCAUCAUCUCGACCUGAAAUCGCCAAGGACCCAGUGUUCCAACUGGUCAAGAAGAAUUCAGAGAUCGCCCCAGAAGUGUUGAAGGAGCAUGGAAAGACCAAGAACCCAUACCCUAACGUUGAUUCCAGCUCCGGUGUUCUGUUCCAUCAUUACGGAUUCCACGAGACAUUAUACUACACCGCUACCUUUGGUGUAAGCAGAGGAUUAGGACCUCUCGCCCAAUUGAUCUGGGAUCGUGCGCUGGGUCUUCCAAUUGAGCGGCCAAAGAGUAUCAACUUGGAGGGAUUAGCUAAGCUUGCUGGAGCAUAA